AUGGCGCCUGGAUUUUCAGAUACACCGCGAAAGGAGGGUACAUGGACGAAGCUUGUGAUAUUUGUUGCGCUAUACUUGCUACUCCUCGAGUCUAUCCUGGAAUGGGUUGCCGUACUAUACCUUUACGGCAAUGGCCAGGUUGACUCAAAAAUGACUCCGAGUGUUGUACUUGCACUUGUCGCAUCUUUCCUCUCAGUGCCACUUGUCGGCCUCCAAAGCCUGGUCGCUUGGCAAUACAACAACAUUGGUGGAUUUGGAACCCAGAAAACUAUUCUGCAUAAUAUAUGCACAUAUGUCAUGCGCUUGGAUCUUAUGCUCUGGCUAGCUACAAGUGUCGCUGGUUUGGUGGUUGCUGCACAGCAGGUGUACUGUUUGCCGGAAGGGACAGAUGCAUCCUUCUGGAGAGUUGGUAAAAGCUGUGCCUUCCACCGAGCGUCUGUGAUCGUAUCGGUUAUUUCUUUGGUCACUAUGUGUACUAUGUACUGCGCAAGGGAGCUUUGCGACCGCCCAUAUGAUGUAUCUCUUCUCGGUAUUUACAAGCGCCAGCAAGUCACCAGAAAUGGCAGUAUCAUCUCCGGCAAUAGCUGGGACAGCGAGGAAACGCUCAAAAACGAGAUUAUCUAUCUUUGCCGCCAACACGAUGGAAACGGAGCCGGGGAGUUCUGGUCUGUGGACCCAAUAGCCAACAAAGUCAACUGCCAUCCCAGCAUCCGGCAUCCUGCCCCCGUCCGUCUGCGGCCUCAACUCCGAGUCAACACUGAUCCCGGUUCGACGUACGGAGAGAUUAUGUCUGGAACGACGAUUUCGCCAGAGGACACUGCACACCGUAUCUCGCCCGGAUCACAAAGCCUGGCUAGCGAGUUCUAUCCCAUCUCGAGCACCUCUACGGUCAUGAGUUCACAGACAGCCAACGAAUUACGCUCUCUUCUCAAUAAUGCGCCUGCUCCUAAAGUCCCUCCUAUUCCUCAGGAAUACACAAGCCAUAAGAGAGGAAAGUCAUCACUAUCUUCUCUUAGACGACUUCUUCCAAAAUCCUUCCCACUGUCCCUUCCAUUAUCAGCGGAUCCUCAAAUCCAGGCCCUCGCAGAACCCAACACCGCAUCGGAUGUCGAAAAGCAGGUCGUGACAUCAAACAGCAUGCCCAAGGGAAUCCCUCAAUCCACAACCUUUCAACUCAUCCCAAACGGCAACACGCCAAACGCCUCUUCAGAAUCCCUCCCCCAAAGCUCUGCAAGCACCCAACCAAUAUCCAAUCCAGAACACCCAAAUGGCCACACCCGAACAAUGUCAAUGAACUCCGCCGACGCCCCGGAAGUAGUUCCAACAACCCAAUCCUCUCCACCAAAAGUGCGCCGCUCCCAAACAGCCCACGCCAUAUCCGCAGCCCGCUCAAUCCACAACCCGUACCACCCAAAUUUCGUCCCAUGCCCGCCCUCCCAACCACAACCAAGAGCAUACUCCCAGUCCCGUCGUCAAGCCCCCGGCCCGAGAAUGCACCCAAACUCAAUGCGAAAGACCAUGCAACCCCAACAGAACAUCAUACACUACCCCGUCCGCAGCUCCUCCUAUCACUUCGACCCAAACAACAUCCCGCGUCACUCCCAGAGCCAGUAUAACCUCUACCCCAAGACCCGCCACGGAAACCGCCAGUAUGGACACCAAUCAUCCCGCUGGGCAAACCAGCGUCGCUACGGCUCAGUCAGAUCCAUGCCAGGACUGAUCCCCCGUCGCAAUGAUGUCGAAUUAAUCUAUCCCAGCACCCGCCGUUCGCGCAGCAGUACCCCUGCCAGCGCAAGUGGCCCACUCAGCUGUAUCUUGGAGACAACUGACCUACAUGCUUCGGGCUAUGAUCCCAGGCCUGUUUCGACUGCUUGCUUAGAGUUACCGUCUAAUUCUAUUGAUGAGACGGAAUAUCGUGGUGCAAAUCGGACGAGCUUGGGCUUUUAUUGA